UUGGCUUAGGCGGACGCGCUGGCGGGCCGGCGACUGGGGGUCUUGAGGAGACGUCCCUUGCCCCUGCCUGGAGGACUGAGGUCCUCACCUGUAGGAGGACGGGGGUCCUCGUCUGUAAGGAGGACGGGGGUCCUCAUCUGUAAGGAGGUCUGACAGUCGGCCCUUUGGGUUGCUUUCUGUUUUGUCUCUGCGGCCGCACUGGAACGUUUGUCUGUGUUACUAUGUCCUUGUUAACUUUUUUUGCAUUUGUCUGUGUUGUUGUGUCCUUGUUAAUUGCCUUUACUGUCUGUGUCUUGGUGUGGAUUGGGGACAUAAUGGGGGAGACAGAAACCACUCCCCUAUAUCUUAUGUUCUCCCACUUCUCGGAUGUUAGGGAAAGAGCUCGUAUUCUGAGCAUAGACAUACGGAGAGAGAGAUUCCAAAUUUAUUGCAUAUCAGAAUGGCCAACCUUUGACGUGGGAUGGCCCCAAGAAGGAACUUUGCACCUACCUAUUAUCUUACAGGUUAAGGCCGUGAUCUUCAGGGACAAACCGGAUGGCCACUCUGACCAGGUGCCCUACAUCCUGAUCUGGCAGGACAUGAUCGAGAAUCCCCCUCCUUGGCUAAAACCAUUUUUACCCCCCAAAGCAGGACCCACCGAGAUUCUAGCCCUGCGGAAAGCCGAGAAGGAGACCGACUACGCCCCAAGUGCCCCUUUAUCUGGUCUUCCAGGAUUCCUUCCCGGAGGACCUGAUUCUCCCGCCGCCCUACCGGGCACCCCCUCCCCCUUCCGCCCCUCCAUUGGAGACACCGGGCGCUGCAGAAGGGGCGCCACCCCUCCUUGACGAGGGAGUCCC